AUUUAGUUGGCUAUGCAAUAACAUUACAAUACAAAUUAUUGAUUAAAGUAAGAAAAUCAAAAUUUCAAGCAUGGAAUCCUUCAGUGUACCGGAGGUAGACAUGAUGGAGGUGUCGAAAAACUCGCAAUACGAAAGGGAGUCCAUUCUGAAGUUCGCUCCUCCAGUAGGACUAACCAACAUUAGCUACGGGAGCAUGUACAAAGUGGACUCGUUCUACCUGGAGUGCCAGAAGUACCGGGAUCAGUUCCGCGACCCGUACAACAAGCUGCUCCGCCCAAAGAUGUUCCACACAUACAGGGGAAAAUGCGGCAUUAAGAUAGAUCCAGAGUUGGAAAAGCUGAAGCGCCCAGCUGGCUCGCAUGUGGAGCCAAUUCCCGUGGUGUAUCCAAUUGAGUAUGGAAAGAAGAUGGACUUCGAUAAAGGUUUCAAAAUGACUGGAAGAAACAGCAGGGAUUCGGCCAUCGCCCGCAGGUAUCCAUGUGUGCGUGUUUUGGGCAGAUAGAUGGACGCUACGGAAUCAAAUCCAUUAAAAUCAGCAGUUUGCCUUUUCUUUACUUUAAAAUAAACCAUCUUUAGCCACUGC